AUGAAAGUAGUUCAUAUGACCACACCACACACUUGGUUAGCUGGAGCUGAAACAACGGCUGUUGGAUUUCACAAACGUUCGGCAUCAUGGGGAAAUUCAGAACGUCUCCAGGAUGGAAGUGACGUAUGUGCAGAUUCAUUUUUCAAGCUGAAACAACUGCAACAGAAGAAAAGGUCAGGCGUUCUGGUUGGCAAUCAAGAGAAACUGCACAACCAACAUCAGUCCCCUGCUCUAUUAAUCCCACCUGCGUCAUUGACUCGACUGUCGUCACGCUUGCGUCAAAGUGAAGAGAGACUAGAUCUGGAGCUGGAGAAAGUCUUCACACAUAAUUCAUCAGUUCACUACUGUGGACUGUAUGAGGUUCCUGAUGGCCACAGGGCUCCUGUUCCACACCUGAGCUACAGGAGUGGAUUUCAGAUUGGAUCUUCCUGUGUAGCUUCCCACUCUUCUUCUUCCUCAUCCACAUCUUGCUCUCCACAGCGCCCUCUAGAUCUCGACUCUGUUGAGGUCAGCUCAUGUAUCCUAAUGCUGUCCUCAUCACCACGGCCCAAUAACAGCUACUGCUUUCAGAGAGAUCCACCAGAGGGUUGUGAGAGAGUCCGAGUGUGUGAAGAAAACGUCCUUCCAUGUUUGGACCAAGUGUACAUGUUCUCCUGCCCCGACCCAAACAAAGUGAACUUCUCCACACACACAGGCUCAGCCUUCUGCCCUGUCAAUCUCCCGAAGCCCCUCCUACCUCCAGUGGACUUCCUGAUCUGCAGCCUCUCAGUUUCUCCAGGGUCCUGCUGGGUGGGACAGUGA